GGCGGAGUCAUAUACCCGGAACUUCAGCCACGUCGCCAAUACUGAACCCCGGAGAGGUUGUGUAGUGAAUUUGCGGAUAGCAGAAUGGCCCUGCUUGAGAAGGUUUCCCAGUCCUCUGCGCUGCACCCAAAGCCAGUCGGGCUGGUUCUGCAGUAUGGCACUGCCGGCUUCCGGACCAAUGCAAAGCAGUUGGACCACAUCAUGUUCAGGAUGGGCUUACUGGCAGCGCUGCGCUCCAAAAAGACUAAGUCUACAAUCGGAGUGAUGGUCACUGCCUCACACAACCCGGAGGAGGAUAACGGGGUCAAGCUCAUUGACCCCAUGGGAGAAAUGGUGACCCCGGCGUGGGAGGAGCAUGCGACGCGGCUGGCUAAUGCUGAGCAGGAGGCCCUGUUGAUGGCCCUGAAUGACAUAAUUGAGAUGGAGGCAAUCAACUUGAACCAGGAUGCCAGCGUGUUCAUAGGGAAAGACACCAGGCCCAGCAGUGAGACAUUGUCCCAGGCUGUUUUGGAUGGAGUCUCCUCUCUGGGUGGUCAUGGUUGUGACUAUGGACUCCUGACCACACCGCAGCUGCAUUUUAUGGUGUGCUGUAAGAACACGCAGAAUCGCUAUGGCAAUGCCACCGUGGAAGGCUACUACAAGAAACUGUCCCGGGCUUUCAUUCAGCUGACUAAGCAUGCCUCAAACCGCACAGAUGACCAGAAGCACCUCUUGGUUGACGGGGCUAACGGGAUCGGCGCUCUGAAAAUGCGGGAGAUGGAGCAUUUCCUCCAGAAGGAGCUGCAGAUCUCUCUUCAUAACGACGGUAGCCAGGGGAAGCUCAACUUCCAGUGCGGAGCCGACUAUGUCAAAGUCCAGCAGAAACCUCCUGAAGGCAUUAAGAUGAGCGCGGGUGAAAGAUGCUGCUCCUUUGACGGGGAUGCUGACAGAAUUGUUUAUUACUUCAUCGACUCAGCCGGGAGGUUCCACCUACUAGAUGGAGACAAAAUUGCCACUUUGAUCAGCAUGUAUCUGAAAGAGCUGCUCACUCAAGCCGGGUUAGACCUGCAGGUGGCUGUGGUGCAGACGGCGUAUGCUAACGGUAGCUCCACGCGGUUCCUCGAGGAGACCAUGAAGGUUACAGUUCGCUGUGAAAAGACGGGAGUGAAGCAUCUGCACCACGCUGCACAGCAGUUUGACAUCGGCGUGUACUUUGAGGCCAACGGACACGGCACAGUUCUGUUCAGUAAGGCAGCUGAGGAGAGGAUCCAGCAGCUUACUGCAGACCCGAACACUAAUGAUGAGAAGAAGAGUGCUGCAGUCCUCCUGGAGAACACUGUCAACCUCAUUAACCAGACGGUGGGUGACGCCAUCUCAGAUAUGCUCCUUAUCGAGGCCGUGCUGGCCAUCCGGGGCAUGACCGUACAGCAGUGGGACGCCAUUUACACCGACCUGCCUAACAGACAGCUGAAAGUGAAGGUGGCGGAUCGAAGGGUGAUCGAAACGACAGAUGCAGAGAGGCGAGCGGUCAGCCCGGCGGGACUGCAGGAGGCCAUCGACACGCUGGUGAAAAAGUACCAGAAGUCCAGAGCGUUUGUCCGACCUUCGGGCACAGAAGACGUGGUCCGAGUGUACGCUGAAGCUGACACUCAGGAGAAUGCUGACAAAUUGGCUCAUGAAGUAAGCGUUGCCGUGUACAAACUUGCUGGGGGAGUGGGAGAGGAGCCAAAACCGUUUCAUUGAUAUUCAUCUCACACAGAUGCACACACACACACACACACACACACACAGUCAACACACAUUCUCACAAUGAAUUUCGGUGGUGCUGUACACUGUCUAUGCAAUCAGGUUCAAACUCUAUCAUGUUUAUCUUCUUUUUGGAAUGUGAAUGGCUUUCAUGUUCAUAUCUGCUGUCUCUUUGGAAUGUGAGUCUCCUGUUCUAUCUAUAUCCUUGACCUUAAAAUCAAAUGCAUAUCCAAGCUCUUCCUUUUGUGCUGUCUGUCUUGCGACCUCUCCACACUUGACACUCAUUCCCUUAAAUUUAGAGGUUAAAUGGGGAUAUCACUUUCUUGAGUUUCUUUGGUUAUAAUUUUAGUUUCGGAGUGUGGUUUUUCAAUUGGCCUAGGUUUAGUGUGCAAUGGGGCAUAUUUUAGAUAAAGAAGGUUCCAAUGACCUUUCAGCUCAAAAAUGGUUGGUGUGCUGUACUCAAGAGUUUGUGUUUGCACUUGUCUAGACCAGUUGAAAACAUAGACUUAAACUGGAAAAAAAAAAACUCCAGUGAAGUGAAAUAUCACUUUGUUAAUCACUGUGUUAGCGCUUUCUACCAUUUUUUAUAUUUUGCACCAAAUUCUUUAUAUUGUCUCAAGUGUAUGUAAUUCAUGAAAAUACUAAUUUUUCAACUCUCAUGAAUUAAUGCUGGGUCACACACACCGAAGGACUAUUUGUGUGUUCAUGAGUAAGACCAGGAAGGAACUGACACUAACCUAAUGUAUCCAAUUAUUACAUACUACCAUUUUUUUACAUACUGCCAUUUUGAUAGGGAAAUAACAAUGUACUAAUUAUUUUCUAAGAAUGUAUGUUUUUUUUUUUUCUUGAAACAUGCCAACAAAUUAUGUCAUCUAAUUCAGAAUGCCCACAAUAGUUCCUAUUGUGACUGUCCAUCCAAUCAGAUGCCCUAAACAGCUGUUCAUUGUAAACCUCUGCUGCUAUGUUUAGUUUCAUGAGAAAAUAAAGACCCUUGUUUAAAAUGUA